CGCGUCUUUAUACAAUACUAAAAUAAGAAUAGUAUAAUAAUAAUAGGUACCUAAUAUUUUGUUUUAUUUAUGAUACGACGACCAGUCCCGCAGUCAAAACAACUUCCUCUACCCCACCGCUACCCAUGGCCGCCGCUUCGACUCUUGUCAACGAGUUGGUAAACAGUUUCGCGCACGUAUUUUUCAAACAACACAACUUCCUUCCCUGCGCUCAGCGCUGUAUAGCGACCACCAGAUUUCUGGAGAACCAACCAGAAGCGGACGCUAAAUCGUCCACCGCCCGGAGUUUAGUGUACACAGCGUGAUGUUAUUGUUAUUUAAUAUUUUAAUAAUUUUAAAUUUAGUGUCGUAGUCGCAAUCAAAGUCGCUUGUUAGUUGUUAGUGCGUCCUGCCAAGUGCCAACUGCCAGUUAUCAUCAAAUCGUCCAAAAUCCACUGCAGAGUGACCGUUCUUGCCGCCACCAUCGUCAGUCAGAUAUUUCCAUAGCGUCGCAGAGGAAAUAAUGGAAUGCAAAAAAGUAAUACGUAGUAUUAUAGUUACCAUCAUCAUACUGAUAUGCAUGGGGAUACGAAUUGGAUUAAAAAAGUCCAUAGAAGAAAAUGCUAUGAAAGAAUCGAACGAGCGUGCAAUGCGUACUAUUUCUCAUUUUACAUAUCCACCAUUACUACAGGCGGAUAAUGCAAUAGAACUGGAAAAUAGUCGUAAAAUAGACGGUAUGUUGAAGAGAAUUUUUCAUAUAAACCUUGAGAGUGUCCAACAUGAAACAAGUUACAUGGACAGCGGCUUUAACAGUAACGAUGCCAGUGACGUUGCAGACCAAAUGGACGAAUAGUGUAUGUGUUUGAAGUAAUUAGUAUUUAAUAAUGUUUAGUACAAAAAUAUUUUAUAUUCAAUUAUUUUACAUAAUUUAUAUUGUAAGAAAUAUAAUAUAAUUCUCAAUUGAUAAAAAAAACAUUAUAUAAAUGGAAAGUAUAUUAUUAUUUAAUUAGUCUACGCCCUAAUAAUAAAUUGGAACAUAAAAUACGUAGGUAGUGACAACAUUUUUUAACA